CACCUCCACAACCACCCAGCCUCGCGCCAACAUCCCCAAUCCAACCGCCCACGAUGGUCUGCGCAAAAUGCCAAAAGCUCACAAAGCCUACCUCCCUCGCCACGCCCGGCGUCAAAAAGAAGAGCGAGAUGUACUACGGCUCCCCCGCCGGCACCAAGACCGCUUCAGCUGGGAGUAGUGGCGUUGGCAAAUCCACCUCCGCGACCUUGGGGCAAACCAGUAUUGGCAAAAGCAAACUCCUCUCCGCCUCCGCCAAGAACCCCUACGCGGCCUACGCCGCAAAAUGCACCGGCAAAGAAUGCGUCACGAAGAUCGAGUCGGGGAGGAAAUACUGCAAUAAAUGUGCGUAUCGCGCGAAUGCGUGCGCGGUGUGUGGGAAGAAGAAUGCGCCGGAGAAGAAGGCGGCGCCGGUGAUUGCGGGGCAGAAGUUUACGCUUAAGUGAGGAGGAGGGGGAGGAGAAGGAGAGACAUAUAUUGUAUUUUUGGAGGGAUGGGAGGGGGG